CAAAUAACUCUACUCUACCCCAGUUGGGCUCUAGUGUGUCAUCCCUGCCAGCCUGAGGGAGAAAUGAUGAGCAGAGUCUGCAACUGCAGGCAGGUGACACCCAGAAGCCACAAGCUUCUGUAAGUACCAGGUCUGCACAAGACGCAAGUCAGAGCAAUGGCAUUGUCACUUCAAGAAUUUGUGCAUUCCCUUGACCUCAGGACCCUCCCUAGGGUCCUAGAAAUCCAGUCAGGCAUCUACUUUGAAGGUUCUAUUUAUGAAAUGUUUGGAAAUGAAUGCUGUUUUUCAACUGGAGAAGUGAUUAAAAUUACUGGUCUCAAAAUUAAAAAGAUCAUGGCUGAAAUUUGUGAGCACAUUGAAGGGUGUGAAUCUCCACAACCAUUUGAAUUGCCUAUGAAUUUUCCAGGUCUUUUUAAGAUUGUCGCAGAUAAAACGCCAUACCUCACUAUGGAAGAAAUCAUAAGGACCAUCCAUAUUGGACCAAGUAGACUAGGGCAUCCUUGCUUCUACCAUCAGAAGGAUAUGAAACUAGAGAAUCUCAUCAUAAAGCAUGGUGAGCAAAUCAUGCUCAACUCAGUUGAAGAAAUUGAUGGAGAAAUAAUGGUGAACUGUGGAGUGGUGAGGAAUCAUCAAAAUCACUCAUUUACUUUGCCUUUGUCACAAGAAGGGGAAUUCUACGAGUGUGAAGAUGAACAUAUUUACACUCUAAAGGAGAUCGUGGAGUGGAAGAUCCCCAAGAAUAGAACAAGAACUGUGAAACUUACAGAUUUUUCAAAUAAGUGGGAUUUAACGAAUCCAUUCCCUAAAGGAUUUUAUGGUGCUCUGACACUCAAACCUGUUUAUGAAAUUCAAGGUGUGAUGAAAUUCCAAAAGGACAUAGUCCGUAUCCUUCCCAGUUUAGAUGUCGAAGUCAAAGACAUUACUGACAGUUACGAUGCCAACUGGUUUCUUCAGCUGUUAUCUACACAAGAUCUUUCUGCCAUGACCAGCAAAGACUUCCCCAUCGUGGCUGAAGUCAUCGAAGCGCCUCAAGGCAACCAGCUACCCAGCAACCUUUUACAGCCUGGGAAAACCAUUGUGAUUCACAAAAAGUAUCAGGCAUCAAGGAUCUUAGCUUCCGAAAUUAGAAGCCAUUUUCCCAAAAGACACUUUUUAAUCCCCACCAGCUACAAAGGCAAAUUCAAGAGGCGACCGCGGGAGUUCCCCACGGCUUACGACCUGGAGAUAGCGAAGAGUGCAAAGGAACGACUCCACGUGGUGGCCACCAAGGCCUUCCAUCCCCCUGAGGAUGAGUUUUCACCUGUGUCCGUUGGGGACCAGUUUCUAGUGCAUGCCUCAAAGACGACGGACAUCCUCUGUGAGGGCAGCAGAACAGUGAGCGUUCUGGCCUGUGAAAAAAUCCUCAAAAAAUCCUACGAGGCAGCGCUGCUCCCUUUGUACAUGGAAGGAGGCUUCGUGGAGGUGAUUCAUGACACCAAACAGUACCAGAUCUCGGAGCUGUGUGCGCUGUUCCACCUGCCCUUCAAUGUGAAGGUGUCCGUGAGAGACCUUUUCAUUGAAGAAGAUAUCCUGGCUGCUACGCCGGGACUUCAGCUGGAGGAGGCUAUCACGGACUCCUACCUCCUGGUCAGUGACCUGGCCAAGCCCACAGAAUGCUGGGAAAUUCCCCUCGGCCGCUUGAAUAUGACCGUUCAGUUAGUUAGCAAUCUGCCCCAGGAUGCAGGACCACUUCGAGUCAGGACUCUGAUUGAAGAGAUCACUGAGGAACAAUAUUACAUGAUGCGAAGAUACGAAAGCUCCUUCUCGGACCCCCCGCCUCGCCCUCCCAAACAUCCCUCAGUGGAAGAAGCAAAGCUACCUCUGCUACACUCAGCAGAAGAAGGGACGGUGGGUCUACCUAAGUCUCCCAAGAGUCUCCAUGUAGAUAUAUCCAAGAAACUGCACCCCAGUCAAGCUGACCCGGAUUCUAAAGAACCAGGUGGCUGUCAGAAUGCUCUGGCCGGUCUGGAGAAAGAGAGAAGCAACGGUGGACCAACAGCAGUACCAGGAGCCGAAGGAACCACAGAAAUCUUCAAAAAUGAAAACCAUCAAAAAGAACGAGAUGUGACUGGAGCCACUUGGGUAGGGAACAUAAAUGUUGCAGAGGAGAAGCGAGCCUCGCCUUCUAGCUGAAAAGCAACGCUUUCCCAACGGCCCCCACAAGGAACUUGACUGGCCAGUGCAAAGAGGAAAACAACUUGAAAAGUUUCAGCAGAGAAAACAAAGAAGAAACCUAUGUCUACAAUUCACAUAGUCCACUCUGUUGUGCCAACAUCUUUAUGUAUCAUUCCAUUAUGAUCAGGACAUAUUUAUUUAACAUGCACAUUUUUAUGUGGUUCUUAUUUUCACUAACAACUAUUAAG